AUGAAUGCGAGCAACUUAAACGCCAUCGGGAAAGGCACGAAGCGCAUAACAACACACGCAAAACAAGAAAAAGACAAACUCGCUCGCGAUACCAUCGAUUUAUCGAAACGAAAAAUCGGUCCCGGAAAAGAAGCGCCGGUGAAAGUCACGUUCCUCGGCGCGAACGAUUCCUCAGUCACCGUGGAUUGCCCCACGGAUCAGUACGUGUUAGACGCCGCGCUCGAAGCCGGAUUGGAACUUCCAUUUACCUGUCGAGGAGGCAUCUGCGGCGCGUGCGUGGCAAAAUGCGUCUCCGGAGCAACCGACCAAUCGGAUAUCACGGACUUAGAGUUCACUUUAGACGAGGAUGAACAGAAGGAAGGGUUGACGUUGUUAUGCAUGGCGUACCCCGUGGGCGAUUGCGUCAUCGAGACGCAAAGCGAUUGGGGCAUGCGAGUGGGCGAGUGGAAAGGCGCGACUGGGGAGAUUUUAGGACGAGACCCGACCAAGUUAAUGGACGAUGAUCCGAAUAGGAUUGGUUUGUAA